AUGUCAGAGUGGAACAUUAAGGCUUCUAACAUCUCCAAGCGUGCACACAACCCCAUUCGUCAGAUUGUUGACAAGCUCAAGGUCGAUCCCAAUGCACAAAAGUCAUUCAUUAGUCUGUCAGUCGGUGACCCCACAGUAUUUGGCAACUUUAAUGUGCAUGAGAGUGCCAACGAAGCCAUCAAACGUCAACUCGACACGUUCAAGCAUAAUGGCUAUCCUCCAGCUCAUGGUACUUUGGAUGCGCGUGAUGCCAUUGCUCGCAAGUACACUAUUCCUGAUGUUGCUCCCUUGACCCCCAAUGAUGUCUUGUUGGCCAACGGAUGCUCUGGUGCUCUCGAUAUUUGUGUCAAUGUACUAUGCAAUCCUGGCCAGAACAUUUUGUUACCACGCCCUGGCUUUUCCUUGUACAAGAGUUUGGCCGAGAUUCGUGAAGUGGAGGUGCGAUUCUAUGACUUGGUCCCUGAGAACAACUGGCAAGUGGAUUUGAAGCAUCUUGAAUCAUUGAUUGAUGACAAGACAGCUUGUAUCUUGGUCAACAACCCGUCCAACCCUUGUGGUUCCGUGUAUCCAAAGGAACAUCUCGAAGCCAUUUUGGAUGUCGCUGCCAAGCACCAUCUUCCUAUUAUUGCUGAUGAAAUCUAUUGUGAUUUGGUUUACAAGGGCAACACAUUCUAUCCCAUGGCAUCGCUUACCAAGGAUGUCCCUAUUUUGGCUGUUGGUGGUCUUGCAAAGAAAUGGUUGGUGCCUGGAUGGCGUAUCGGUUGGAUUCUUGUGCAUGAUCGUCAUGAUGCCUUUGCUGCUGAAGUCCGUACAGGCUUGUUGAAUUUGUCUCAAGUCAUUCUUGGUCCCAACUCGGUGGUGCAAGGUGCUUUGGAUGAUAUUUUGCAUCAUACUCCUCAAUCCUUUUAUGAAGAGACUAUUUCUCAACUCGAGCACAAUGCCAAGUUGGGUAUUGACGCAGUUUCCAAGAUUGAUGGCUUGACACCUGUCACUCCACAAGGAGCCAUGUACAUGAUGGUGGGUAUCGAUAUGAACAAGUUCAAGGAUAUCAGUUCGGAUGUCGAGUUUAGCCAAAAGCUGGUGGCCGAAGAAAACGUGCUUGUGCUUCCAGGUCAAUGCUUUGAUUAUCCCAACUUUAUCCGUAUCGUCAUUACUCCACCUGCUGGUAGCCUUCAGGAAGCUUACGAGCGUAUGGCAGACUUUUGUGCUAGACAUCGCAAGUAA